GUUCUUAGUUUAUCACAAAGUAGCAACCCAGUCGAUGUUGGCGGGAUCCUUCAAUCCUUUUUUUCUGUGAUCUUUAAUUCUUGCACCCGACUGUUGUCCCUCGGUCUUAUCGAUAUCGCGAUAUACGUCGCGAGUAUGUUCUCUGUACGACCCUCGCACGAGACGAAUUGCCGGUCUCUGAGCUGAAGAACGGUGCACACACGAGUGCCUUCUCACGUAAUCGGGCCACGAAAGUGUGGAGUGUCGUGUCGUCUCUCUGGAAGAGUGCUGUCAGAAUGGUCUCCGCGAAUGUAGCUUCCGUUUUGCUCCUGGGACUUGGCUGUCUCGUCCUUGUGUCCUGCGAGGAUCAAAACGGAACCAGCAAUGGGCUCAACGAACCGGAUUUCCCCACUCCUGAGUAUAUACGGCCAUGCAACAGGAGUGAUCCGAAGAUCGACUCGUGCUUUCACGAAACGCUCAGGCAUAUUCAGCCGUAUCUGGUGAAAGGUAUCCCAGAAUUAGAUUUGCCACCACUCGAGCCGCUGGUGAUCCCCGAACUGAAAAUGGAAAAUGGUCAAGGGCCGGUACGCGUUAGGGCAUAUUUCACAAACAUCACCGCUAUAGGACCGGGUAAUUUCACAUUCACCAAAGUACGGGUGAACAUAUCAGCGUACAGGAUCGAUCUUCAUCUGGCGUUCCCUAAAAUCGAGCUCCAAGGCGAUUAUGAUAUCAACGGGAACGUAUUGUUGUUCCCUAUACAGAGCCAUGGGGAUUUCUGGGCGUUGUUCGGCGAUGUAGAGGCGACCGCUCGUGCGCAAGGUGUCGAGGUACUGAGAGACGGCGUUCGUUACAUGAUGAUUUCGCGAUUGCUGAUCGAUUUCAGCCUCGGCCGAGCAAGAUUCCGCGUGAUGGAUCACCUAAACGGCAACAACGUGAUCGGCCAGGCGAUGAAUCAAUUCUUGAAUCAGAACGCCAAAGAGAUCAUCGAGGAAAUGAGACCAGCGGCCAGUAUCAGUAUCGCUAAACACUUUAAGGAAUUUCUGAAUAGCGCUUUCGGCAAACUUCCCCUGAAAGUCUGGAUGCAUGAUGCGUAAUUUACAGUUUUCGAAUUUAUCUACGAAAUGUAGUGUACAAAAUUCAUACAUUACAUGAAAGAAUUCCUGAUUUUCGUAUUACUCUGCUGAACCGCAAGCAUAUGUUUCACAGUGAUGCGACAUGUAAACUGCAAUAUUUAAAGACUAUUUUUUACUAAGAUUCAUUCAUGGGAUAUGAUGUACAAAUACUUAUACUGAUGGAUAAUUUAUAUCGAUAUUAAAUAUUCAUAUUUUUAAUGAAUAAAUUUAUUUUAUACACAUGUAGCACA